AUGAUCUCGGCGGCAUUGAAAAGACGGCGGACUGUCGUCCUACUUCUCAUACUUCUGGCCUGCCUGGUGCCCUGCGAAGCCUCUUCCGGCGACAGAAAUCCAACAUUCCAGCACUGUCUGAAAGGCUGCGUGUCGAAAAUCUGCGAAUCGUCAAACGCGCCAGCCCUGCCACCGUAUCUGUCACUGUUCAGAUGGACCUGUGAGGACAAUUGCAAGUACCAUUGCGUCCACAGCUUCACAGAUAAUAUUCCCAUCGGUGGGCAAUGGCAUCAGUUCUACGGGAAAUGGCCAUUCUAUCGAUUGGGGCCGAUACAGGAGCCUCUGUCUGUGAUGAUGUCUCUUGGUAAUUUAUACAUCAAUUUGAGGGGAAUCUUUGAGCUCAAACGACGAGUCAGAGAGGAUAACAAAUUGAGCAAGUGGUUGAAGUUGGCGGGAUGGUGUCAGGUCAAUACGUGGUUUUGGAGCACAGUCUUCCACACAAGAGAUACGCCUAUCACCGAGCGAUUGGACUACUUCUCAGCGACUAUCACUGUCGCAGUAUCCCUCCUCUACGCUAUCCUCAGAGUAUUCCACCUUCAAACCCCGGUUUCGACAUCACGCCUUGCCUGCCCAAUCUCUAUCGGUCUGGCGGUUCUCAUCAUGUCCCAUUUCACUUAUCUUCUGUCAUUCCCACUCGGUUCAUUUCCAUACGGUUAUCACACAAAAUUCGUCAUUGCUCUCGCCAUGGUCCAUAAUAUCAUUUGGAUUUUAUGGUCCUUAUCCUUCCAUAUAACGUUACCGACUCUGACCGUCAGAGGCACAGAGAUCCGCAUACCAGCCCCAUAUCCACCCAAUGAUCCCCGCAAGGUCGUACCUCCCACUGCCAACACACCGGCUUUCCUCGUUCUUCUCACCACCCUUGCAAUGUCGUUCGAAAUCCUAGAUUUCCCUCCUUUCCUCAGGAUAGCCGAUGCACACGCCAUAUGGCACGGUUGCACUAUCCCCCUCGCCGUCGCUUGGUGGUCCUUUUUCUGUACGGAUGCCAUUGACUUUGAAGGCUCCUUGCUCGACAUGCGAGGAGGCGGAGUUGGCGUCGGGAUGGACGAAAAGAUGCCAUUGUCUGGUGGAGCUGGCGGUCAUACUGGUCCAGUCACAAGGUCGAUGGCUGCUGAGUCACCUCGGACACCACUCGACUCAACAUCGCAGCUCGGCGCCAUCGUCAUGCCCUCAAGCUCCAAGUCGCCUGGGAAGGACAGAUUAGAGUAG